AUGGAUCCGUCCGACGUUAUGAAGGUUGUUAUUGUUGGAGACGAUGUUGUUAGCGCAGCAUUGAACUUUACAUUUAUGAAUCUGAUGAAGCGCCCGGGAUAUGCGACCCUUCGCCCCGUCCAGGGCGUACCCAGCGAGAUGCUUCAGAUCCAAACGGGAGUAGGUGCCGACGAUCCCGACUCCCAGCCUCUCGUGGUCGAUGCGUAUCGAUCGGCGCCGGUGAUUCUCCCGAUAUAUCUGGCCGAGGCCAACGCAUUCAUCAUCGCCUUCGGUCUCGACUCGAGGGCGUCCUUUGAUGAGGCCAAGAAAAUCCUACGUGUCAUCAGGAAGGCCGGGCGCAGGGGCGCUCCCAUCGCCGUGGUCGGCAUGCAGAGGAUGCAUAGGAGGUUGGCAGUCAUGCCACAGGAGGCCACCGAGCAGGUGGCGAAGUGGGGGGUAGAAUUCUUCACCGUCCAGUCUGCCGUCUCCGCGCAGGUGACGGCGCCCCUGAUAUACCUGGGGAAUCGUCACCUCCGGGAGCGGAACAAGCCUGCUUGGGCGCUCAGGGUCGACAAGUUCUACACGCCGAUAAACCGCACCUGUGUUCCAAUCAGCAGAAACAAAAUCGUCAAGACCGGUCCGUUUGUCCACCUCACCGAAGGGGCGACCAUCGAAUUCGUCGCCCGGAACACCACAUCCGUCCCAGUGCCCAGGGUGUACUGCUCCUUUGUCCACAAGAACCGGGCCUCCAUUGUCAUGAGGAGGAUUCGAGGUGAUGCCAUACCGACAGUGUGGGGGAAACUGUCCGAGCAGUCCCAACGGGCAAUUUAUGAUCAAUUGAGGGGCAUGAUCCGGGAGCUACGCUCGCUGAAGCCGCCGUCUCCGGGGACGGGAAUCGAGAGCUGCGUCGGGGGAUCCUUGCACGACCCUCGAAUCCCUCGCUCGAACAACCCUCGGGGGCUGGAGCCAUCUCGGACCGAAGGUCGAGAAGGCGACACGGACUGGCAGGACGUUUGCGACAUGGCAGCCGCUCAGGACAAGUCAUCGUGGCGCCCGCCGGUUUUCACACACGCUGAUUUGAACCCGUUCAACAUCCUCAUCCGUGGAGAUCGGGUCGUCGUCCUGGUUGACUGGGAAAUAUCCGGAUGGUACCCGAACUAUUGGGAGUAUACCUCGGCGUGGCUCGGGAGCGCAACGAGGACAGGUUGGCGGAAAUGCAUCGACGAGUUCCUCGAACCCUUUCCCGACGAGCUGAAGAUGGAGACUAUUCGCCAGAAAUGGUGGGGAGGUAUUUAA